AUGUGGCGUCGCCUCAUAGUCCAAGCUGCACUCUUUACGUUGACGCUCGAGCCAGCGAAAUUCGACUUACGCCCGGCAAACUCUUUGGAGAUCCGACCCUCAACGCCCAACGAUACCCUCACAAACCAGUCGCCAAUCGCCCAGCCGACAACCCUCCCCGACGUCAAGAUGAAGUACAUUCACUCCCAGGAGUCCCUUGACAUCCCCCAGGAUGUCAAGGUUCACAUCAAGUCCCGCGUCGUCACCGUCGAGGGCCCCCGUGGCAAGCUGGUGAAGGAUCUCAGCCACUUGGCUGUCAACUUCUCCCAGCCCCAGAAGGGCACCAUCAACAUUGAGAUCCACCACGGCUCAAGAAAGAACGUUGCCACUCUCCGCACCGUCCGCACCCUCAUCAACAACCUGGUUGUCGGUGUCACCAAGGGCUACAAGUACAAGAUGCGCUACGUCUACGCCCAUUUCCCCAUCAACGUCAACGUUGAGAAGAACUCCGAGACUGGCCUGUACGAGGUUGAGAUCCGCAACUUCAUUGGUGAGAAGCUCGUCCGCCGCGUUGUGAUGCGCGCCGGUGUCGACGUCGAGGUCUCCAAGGCCCAGAAGGAUGAGCUCGUCCUCUCUGGCAACUCUCUCGAGGCCGUCUCCCAGUCUGCUGCCGACAUCCAGCAGAUCUGCAAGGUCCGCAACAAGGAUAUCCGUAAGUUCCUUGACGGUAUGUACGUCUCUGAGAAGGGCAACAUUGUCGAGGACCAGUAA